AUGGCGUCGCGAGUAUUGUUUGUGGUUUUGUUUGGGCUGGUGGCACAUGCGUCCGCCCACGUAGCGCUGACGUAUCCACCUGCGAGGCGGUUGGAUUUGGACUUUCUAGACAAUUCGAGAACGAAGCCGCCGUGCGGGAUGCCUAAAGGAACAUUGAAGACUUCUUUUUUAGCGGGUUCAACAUUCACUGUACAUUGGCAUUUAGCUUAUGCACAUAAAGGUGGUUUCAGCUUAAGAAUCCUGGAUGAUUUAGAACGACCAGUUUUGGACCUAACACCAAGAGCCGGAGGGUCGGAAUUUGUGAGGGAUGAUGUCACUGCACAAAAGUACGAGGUGCGUUUACCCAGCGACUUCACGUGCCACAACUGUACACUGCAGCUGUUAAGGGAGGCUGGGGAAUGGGGACCCACUUACAGAUUCUGGUCUUGCGCCGACAUCGAUAUUGUGCAGCGCAAGGACUACCACGAGACGUGCUCGGGGCACGGGUUCCACAUCCUGGGCCGCUGCAAGUGCCACAAGGCGCACUCGGGCGCGCGCUGCCAGUUCGCGGACGAGUGCGCGGAGGACGGCGAGUGCGGGUUGCGCGGCAAGUGCCUGAACAUCAACGCCACUGAGACCCCCACCCGCAUGUGCUACUGCCCGCACGGCUUCUACGGGAAGGGAUGCAACAAGAAAGCGCCAUGGAAAGACAAGAACGUCGAUUUGUCGCUGUACACUAAGAAGGAGCUGUCCAAGCAGUUUGCGCUGUACUGGCGCGUGGUGAAGGACUCCGCGGAGGUAGAGUUCAUCAUGAUAGUCAAUGGAACUUCUUAUGCAGGUAUCGGCUGGAGACCUCGGGGCUUGACCAAGCAAUGCAAGAACUUCCCGGUGCUUGGACCGCCUCCUGAUCAAUCCACAAGCACUCAGAAACCGGAGCCGUUACCGGAGCCGGAACCUAAAGCUGAACUGGAUAAAAGUCCGGAGCCGAAGUCCGAGCCCGAAUCCACCGCCGAACCAAAUGCCGAGACAGCGCCGAAAGCGGAACCCGAACCGGAACCCACUUCAGAGCCAGAACCGGAACCGGCUUCAGAACCGGAACCAGAACCAAGUUCCGAACCAGAACCAGAACCAAUUUCCGAACCGGAACCGAAUUCCAAACCAGAACCAAAGUCUGAACCGAAGACUAGUAGCAAAGUCGCCUCCAAUGAUACUAUGAUGAACGACAGUAGAAACAAGCGGGUCGCCCUACAUUCCAUGGAUGGACUGGACUUUAGCAACUUGGGCAACGACGUCACUGUCAAGACCAGUAUCUCUUACAAAGUCUCCAGUUCUAAGGGUAGAAAAAAGAGAGCCGCACAGGAACCUAACCAUACCGAUACGUCAAAAACUCAGAACUCCCCAAUACCCGAACCCAUAUCUACUCCAGAACCGGAACCGAGUUCCGAACCGGAACCGACUCCAGAGCCUGAACCCACAUCCGAACCGAAAUCAGAACCAGAACCUUCCUCAGAACCCAAAUCUGAACCAGAAUCAAAACCAGAACCCAAAUCUGAACCGGAACCUUCGCCAGAACCCAAAUCUGAACCGGAACCUUCCCCUGAACCUAAAUCUGAACCCGAACCUUCCCCAAAACCUGAAUCUGAACCGGAACCCUCCUCAGAGCCUAAAUCUGAACCUGAACCAUUCCCAGAACCUAAAUCAGAACCUGAACCAUCUCCAGAACCGAAAUCUGAACCGGAACCUUCACCAGAACCUAAAUCAGAACCAGAACCCUCCCCAGAACCAACUUCCGAACCAGAAUCCGCUCCGGAACCCGAAUCCGAACCAGAAGCUAACGCGGAAGGGGAAGUGGAGAGCCUGCUAGUGAAGGGACUCAAAGAAGAAUCAGGUUACUUCCCAGACCACGAAUAUUCGCCUAAAUUCGAUUUUAACGGCAUGGACUGUACUGACUUGGUCAUUGGAACAGCUAGAGGGAAUUACCAUCGAGUUCUAGAUUACUAUACAAGAGACAGAUCAACUCCUAGAGUGGAUACUUUCUGGGGCGGUCACGAUGAUGUUACUGCGGCUUCGGGAUUCGAAGAAAAUGGCGUCACAACUAUUAUGUUCAGGAGAAAAAUUAAGGCCAAGGAACCGACUGAUCACUCGUUAGUAGAUGACCUCAUGCACGUAAUAUGGGCGCAUGGUCAAGAAAAGUCUCCGAAAGGCGACUUUUACAGGCCGGACGAACUUAAAUACCACGGACAUGGGCAGAGGGGUGUCACGACGAUCAACUUCUUCGAGGAAACUAAAACAUCGUCUAUGGGAGGACUCCUGCCUUUAGAGGGGGAUAAAUGCGGUGGUCAGUGGAAGCUGCCGGCAGACUGUGACCCCAAGAACAACACUUGCGACUACCACGCCUCCUGGGAGUAUCUCGGUCUCAAACGCGGCAAGGACUCCAUUAAGUUCACCAUUAAGACCAAAUAUAGCAAGCUUUGGUCAGGCAUCGGCUUUAGCAAUAAUAAGAAGAUGUCGCAAACGGAUGCUGUGAUUGGUUGGGUGGAUCCUCGAUCUGGGCGUCCCUUCGUAACAGACGCUUGGCUAAGCGGAUACUCCAUGCCAAAGCUGGACUCCAGGCAGGACCUCAGCAAGCAAACCGUUAGUUUGGAGGAUGGGUACACUACAAUCACUUUUGUGAGGAAGAGGGACACGGGAGAUACGCAGGAUCUCGCGUUCACGGAUACGCAAUGCCUGUACAUAAUGUUCGUAACGCAAGGUGGCGGGUUCGAUCCCGUCAACAAACGGAUGAGCAAACAUCAACAAGUGCCUUUCGUCACUGAAGAAAGAGUCUGCAUAAAGCCAUGCGGUCCAGAGCCAGUUGAAGAAGAGGAGACCACAGAAGCUGUCGUCUCGGGAGAGGUCGCAUACACAAUGCUCAUUCGCAUAACGGGGUUGGCAGACAGCUUCAAACCUCCGGCAGCCGGCAGUAAGGAGUUCGAGGAGCUCAGCAACCAAGUGGUCGACGUUUUGGGACGGGAGCUGAGCAGAACUAAGGGAUAUAAGGGACUCGUUGUUAAUGGAUUUAUGCAAAACGAAACUAAAGCGAUAAUCGCCGACUUGACACUGAGGUCCAUCGACUCUAACUCCUUGGAGGAGUCGAGCCGGUCACUAGAUAGCGCUGUCCCUAUCUCUAACAGUACGUUAGAAGAGGAGAGCGAUAAGGAGAAAUGGGAGAGAAUAGUGAAGGACACGAUAAUACAAGGCAGAGUUGGGAACUUGAAUGUUGACCCACUGUUCCUGUCGUUUGAGCCGCUAAGUUUGGUGUCCACACGGCCGGUGGUGCAGGAGGCUGGUGUGGGGGGCUGGUGGGGCUGGGGCGGCGCGGGCAAGCUGCACGUGGUGGUGGCGUGCGUGUGCGCGCUGCUGGUGCUGGCUGCGCUGCAGGCCGCCUGCACGCUGGCCGGCGCACGGGCACGCACCAACCGCAAGGAGCAGUUGAUACCGAACAACGCGUGGAAGGAGUACAGGGGCGCGAACACGAACUUCGCGUUCGAGCCGUUCGCGAACGAGGACAAGUCGGCGGGCACGCUGUCCACGCUGUCGCGGCCUCGCAAGGCGGCGGCGCGGCCGCGCAGCCCGCCGCCCCCGCGCCCCGGCGCCGCCGCGCCGCCGCGCGCGCCCUCGCCGCCCGCCGGCGCGCCGCGCCGCCCGCACCACGACACGCGCUCGCUGCAGCGCCCCGCACACUACGCUUCAUACGGAUUGAGCGAGAGGGACAGAGCAGCGUACUCGUUGCCGCGAGGUCCAGCGGGUAUGCGCGGUGCGAGCGGGGCGCGGGGAGGUCGCGGUGCGCGGGAGGGGGAGGGGGAGGGCGGCGCGCAGCCGGACUUCUACUUCAUGCCGUCGCAGCGCAAGCACGAAGGUGAGAUCGUGCGCGUCUACGUGCCCACGAGAGACUGA